GCCUGGGUAGUCCAAAAGGAGGGAUUUUUAUUGCAUCUUCCCGCCCAUUCUCCUGACCUCUUCUCUCUCUCUCGUCUUGAAUUGAGGAGGAGCGUUUUCGUCGUCCCGCCAUUAUCUCUGCCUUCUGUCUCCAUUGCAGCCUCUCCCCGAGGGAGGGAUGCCGGGCAUCGCCCCGGCGGUCGGAGAAUGGGCACGCCGGAGAAGAAGCAGAUGAUCGAGGACUGUGUCGAUGCUUCUGCCGCGGCUGAGGGAUCUCCUGUAUUCAAUUAUAUUUCCAGUCUGUCUCCUAUUAAGCCAGUGAAGUCGAUUCAUGUUUCACAUACAUUCCAAGAGCUUAAUUGUGCUUCUCCACCAUAUGCGUUUGCAUUUCCAAGGAUCAGUACAGGCCAGUCUAGCAAUCUAAGGAGGGAUCGGCUUUCUGCUUCAUCUGAUGCAAAGUUCUCUCCGAAUACUGAAGAAUGCAAAGCAUCAAAAGGGGCUGAUGUUCUUGAACAUCCUUCUUGUUCUAUCAAAGCUGCAGUUAAAUUGGAGUCUGAUGGUGUGCAUUCUGCAGCUUCACAAGAAAAUUGUAAUCAGAGCUUGGUGUUAUGCUCUUCAGAUGGUGGGCCCAUAUAUGAUGAUUGCAGUACAGAUGAAACCAUUAUCCCAUCCAUCAGGGAGUCAAAUCUAAUCGUUGAAGCAUAUCAAAUCUUGCACUAUAUUGAUAACGUCUCGAAGGAUAUUAUGGCACCUCCAAAUAAUGUUAAGAUGGCAUCUGGAAAUGACAUGGCUAGUAUAAUGCCAUCCACUGAGAUUAAAACUCCUGGCAUUUCAUCGUCAUUUUUGCAGUUUGUAAAUAUUUCAAAUGCUUAUGAAUCUCAAUCAGUACAGAAUGCAUCUGAAAUACAAAUACACACGGCCAAUGUUAAGGAUAGUGUAGGCCUUCUCAAUCAAGAGAAUGGUGAAGGGCCAGGAUGUAAUUGGGGAGACGUUGUGAAUGACAUUGAUGAGUUUUUUCUUUUCAGUCCAUCUGCAGAAGCAGAGGUACAUUCUGGACAGGCACAUGUACCUUCAAAUCUAAAUCGCAGCUAUGGUUCUUCUUUUGCACCCAAACACUCUCAAACUGUCACUACUGGCUGGAACAAGAUAAAAAUUUGUGGUUCUCUGCAGUCUUCACAUAAUGUCAACGGGAAAGAUUCUAUAAAUGGUUUCAACGAACCUGAUGAACUGGAUGCCAUGGAUCUCACCCCUCAAAUGUCUUCUACAGUCUUGCAGAGUGUCAUAUCUAAUGGUGACAGAAUUGAGAAAACAGAUGAUAGAUCUAUAUAUCCUGAUGGGCAUUGGAAUCCACUUGGUUGUAAGGUUGAACAGCAACAAGUCCGUGGUGUCAAGAGGCGUUGCCUUGUUUUUGAGGCAGUUGGACAUAAAAAGAAUAUGGAAGGCAAUGCUGAGCUCGUUGAUUCAAAGCCAUCCCAUUCUGAUAGAAACAUCUUCCCAGAUGACAAGCAGUUGAUUCCUUCUGAUGCUACCUAUUCAAGGAGGAUGCCUUCUGGCAUUGGUUUGCAUUUGAACAGUCUUGCAAAUCCCUCUAUAGUUGGCAGAGUUAUCAAGCAGGAGGCUAUGAUUUCUGGAAGUCAAGUGAUGAAUACAACAGCUUCUCUUGCUGUAAAUCCUGAAUUUGUUGCGCAAGAACCUACAGAAAGCUCUGUGGAUAUGAAGCUUACUGAUUGCGACCUUGAUAUUUCCAAAGAAAAAAUUUCUCCUGUCGCUGUUGUGCCUGCUUUUGAAUUUGGUGAAGAAAUAAUCCAGCAAAGCCCAAAGAAAAAGAGACGGAAGGCAUCUCAUUCUGGAGAAAAAGAAGGCUGCAAAAAGUGCCAUUGCAAGAGAUCAAAAUGUUUGAAACUUUAUUGUGAAUGCUUUGCUGCUGGAGUCUAUUGUAUCCAACAGUGUUCAUGUCAAGGGUGUCUCAACAAGCCUGAACAUGAAGAUACUGUGCUCGAAACCCGUGAACGGAUAGAAUCUCGUAAUCCACUUGCCUUUGUCCCCAAAGUUGUGAAGCCUGCUGAACCUGUGGUGGAAAACAAGGAAGAAGAGAACAAGCUUUCCAUUUCAGCUCGGCAUAAGACAGGGUGCAAUUGCAAGAAGUCAAAAUGCCUUAAGAAAUAUUGUGAAUGUUUCCAGGGUGGCGUUGGAUGUUCCAAUGGCUGCAGAUGUGAAGGAUGCAUGAAUACCUUUGGAAAGAAAGAAGACUGCUCUCCGUCUCAGUUCUUUGAAGGCUUUAGCAAGACGCCAAAAUUGCUUACUGGAAGCAGAGAAGUUGAAGAGGAGGUAAGCGAAGUGGCUGAGCCAGAUGAAAAUCCUAAAAGCCAAGAGAUUGAGAAGGAUGAUGAUAAGCAAUCUUCCCAAGAGUCUUCCUUGACUGCAUUUGAGAUUUGCAGGUCGGCCAUAUUACCACCACCUUUCCUGUCGUCUGGCAAGGCCCCUCAGUCUUCUCGUAUAAGCGGAUGCAAUACUGUGAAUAGUGGUUUCCUGCUUUCACGUUUGAAAUCAGAGAAACAUUUCAUGAGAACAAUUUUGGAAGAUGACACUCCUGAGUUUCUUAGAGCCCGUCAGUCUCCAAAUGAUAAAGUGACAGUUGCCUCUCCAAACCGGAAGCGGAUCUCACCUCCACGUAUCGAAUCAGGUGCCUGUCCUGGUUUUAGAAACAGCCGGAAAUUGGUCUUACAUCCAAUAUCUUCAUUACAGCCACUCAGAGUUGCUCACUGCAGCGAUGAUCUUUCGACAAAAUUGUCUUGAGCAUCACUUCUUCCAGGUUCAUGCUUAUGUACAGAGAGGGAAGUCGGAUGUUCGGAGUGUAAUAGUAAUUCCGCGUAAUAUUAAUGGUUCUGUAUUUAGAAUUUAGUUUCCGUUGUCAUAGCACGAGGGCUUAUGGAUGAGAAUUGUAAUAAUGUAGCAAUGCAUGUUUUUUAAGCUUUUCAAGUUAUUCCUUUUCUAUGUGA